AUGGUCAUCACUACCGAGAAUAUUAAAAACAAUCGAGAUUUGUAUGUGACAUGGAUGAUGGCAACCGGUGAAUCAAAGAAGCUCUCUCGGAGAGAGGUUUUGAGUCAAGACCUACCUUCCAUUUGUGAACAGAUUUUGCAACUGGCUCCAGAAAAAAAAGAUAAAAAAGAGAAAAAAGUCGAUUAUACUAAUAAAACUGGGUUAUACCUUUUGUCUCUUCUUACUUUGGGGACAGUUCACAUCCAUCGCUCGCAAGUAGAGUUUUUGCAGCGAGAUUUCGAGAAGCUGAAGGAACAGAUGCGAAAGAAGAGUUUGUGCCUCCGGAUAGCAGAAAAGUUGGAUCGAGACGAAAAAACUAAAAGAUCCCAAAACAACAUCAACUCUGGCUCGAUGUUAAUUGCAAAACCCGAAGAAGUGGACGAUAUUGAUUUGAGUCAGUUGCAGCUUAUUAGUGAACAAAUAGGAAUUAAUGGGGAUCCUGGUCUUCUCCUGAUUAUGGAUGCAUUACCUCAAUGGAGACAAGAUGAUAGCGACUUGGUAAAUCAAUAUGGUUCGGUUGUUCCUUAUUCAAGCCAGCCGGAUGCGGGAAUUCAGGAAACAUUCAUUGAAGGGAAUGGCUCCAAGGAAAAUAGCAAAGAAAGGAGAUCGGUUGUGGUGGAUUUCGAUGUUUUCGAAGCGCCAGCUAUCAACCGUGAAACUGUCCAAAGAAAAGACAUGAAAAAAAGAACUCCAAAUUUGGGUGAACACCAAGAAAACCGACAAGAUCGUGUUCAAUCAGGAGUCGAACAAGACAAAGAAUUGGAGGAAACGCAAAUGCAAGAACUUCAGAAUUUUGUUCCGGACGGUUCAGUUGUUGCCAAUGAACAUAUUCCUUCGAAAAUUCAGGAGCAAGGACCACAGAAUGAACUCUUGGGAGAACCACAAAUGGCUUUUCCAUCCCAGAAUGAGAUGGAUGACGUUCCUCUAAAUAUGCAGACAGAAUUAGCGAAUUUUUUCAACAAAGUCAACUCAAUGUCCGAAAAUGCCGUGAAUUUGCCUCAUAUUGAUGAUCCGGAUGUUUCGCUGCCACCUCCAUUGAAAAAACAAAGAGUUGGCCCAGAAGAAGAAGAAGAUGAAGAGAUGGAAAAAGCAAGACGACGGGUAUCUUCCAGACCAAUCACUCCUCUCAAUCAAGAAGAGUUGACCGUGAUUGAUUCAACUCUGAAAGUUAAUGAAACUAUUCGAACGGAAGGGCCCUCCAUGAACGUCGAAGCGGCCGCUGGUGCUGAUGCACUCAUCAAAGUUAACUCGCCUGAGAAAGAAGGUGAUCCAGUCCCACCAAAAAGCCCUGAUUUUUCUAUUGAUACUCAACCUGUGAUUCCGGUUCGUAAGCAACGAUCUAAAAAGUACUAUCCAUUGGUUCUCGGAAAAGAUCUGGAGCUCGAUGAGGCUGUGCGAGAACAGAUGGAAAUCAACUAUUCGUCAUUGCUAUGCACUGAUGAAAUGAGAGAAAGUUUAAGGGCGAAACUUCCAUCUAAAACGGUCGACCCUAUUCAUUUAAUGAAUAUUCCUGAACCAAUUGGUAGCGUUGGGCACCGAUUACCAGAAAGUCUUCGAAGAUUGUUCAAAUCUCAAAAGUUUCGGGAGUUUAAUGGUGCUGUUGUCUCGGAUGAAGAAUCGGACGAUGAGAUGUCUGGAGAAAAUGAAAAAUACUUCAAUAUGGUCCUUCUAUCACCAAUCCGUGUGGACAAUCAAAUCGAUGGUCGGGAGAACGAUAUGCGAAACAUUUUUGAUGAAGAAUUCAGACGAAACGAACAUUUCGAAUGGAUUGGAAAUCUUCCAGAAAACUCAACUAUUGGAGCCACAAUGCAGCAAGAACCGAAUUCCCGUAAAACGGAUUCGAACGGUAAAAGAUUGGCCAAGGAGAAAUAUUCGUCCAUGUGCUUAUUCGACAGUCCAGAAAAGCAGAAAGAGACAUAUAUCACUGAAAAAUUGGAUCUUCCACCAGUUUUUGAUGCAAACACCUUGAAUAACGGAACCAUGCGGCAGGAUAAUUCAGCGAAUAUUUUGGAGUCUAACAUUGAAAAAGCACGACAACGGCAACAAAAGAGUAGCAUGGGUUUAACAGGCAUCAGAACUGAGAAUUUAGAAGAAAUCUCAUACGAAGCGGAUCGUAUCCUUUUAGCAAAAGACGCGAAAGACGAUGAGUUCGUAUUCUUCUCUUCUGGAUCCCUUUUACCCGACAAUCGAUUUGAUAUUCACCAAGAGCUACUCGACGAAGUCCAAAAAAGACCGUCGGAAUGGGUGGAUUUCAAUCAAUUUGUUGCUGAUCACACUCGUAAAAAAGCGGCGACUGCUUUUGAUGGCUUACUAUUGGCUCUAAAGAACAGAGAGGUUGUUGCCAAACAGGAUAACGCAUUUGAUACCAUUUAUGUGCAUCUACGAGAUCCUGCCACCGAAGAGUCGCAAUCGAUGAGCGAUCCUGUAACCGAACAGGACCUUCCAAUCGAUGAGUUGCAAUUGAUGAGCGUUCCUACAAUCGAAGAGGGUCUUUGA